AUGACUAAAAGGAUACUUAUGUUACAUGGACUAGCUCAGACGGGUCCAUAUUUUCACUCCAAAACUAAGAACUUUCGUACAGCACUAGAAGGACUAGGUUACGAAUUAUUUUACCCGACAGCACCAAAUAGAUACCCAGCUGCAGAUGUACCUACUGACCUGCUAGAAUCUGUUGCCACUGAACCCAAUUCUAAUGAAGUAGUUGCUUGGAUUGAAAAUGACGAAGUGAAUAAUACAUACUUUUUACCUAAAACUACAAUUGAUUUUUUACAUGAUUAUGUUUGUGAAAAUGGACCAUUCGAAGGUGUUGUCGGUUUUAGUCAAGGUGCAGGUGUUACAGGGUAUCUCAUGACGGACUUCAAUAGUUUACUGGGACUGACUCUUGACGAACAACCUCCACUGAAAUUCUUCAUGUCCUUCAGUGGUUUUAGAUUUGUACCGGAAGUUUAUCAAGAGCAAUAUAACAAUAAUAUUAUCGGCAUUUCUUCCUUACACGUAAAAGGUGAAUUAGACACAAUUACUGAACCUUGGAAGAUAGAGGCUUUAUAUAACUCGUGUUCUGAAGACUCAAGAACAAUACUGGUACAUGGUGGUGGCCAUUUUAUUCCAAAUUCCAGAGGGUUUGUUAAGAAAGUCGUUGAAUGGGUACGAAUAGUAACGAAAGUGGAGAAUUAA